AUGUCUGACAACUUAGCCGAUAAUCACAGUACAACUAGUGGUAUUUCUGGACUUGGUCACAACUUUUCUGUUGAUGAUCUGUUGCCACACGAAGAUGAGCAAUAUCGCAUCAGUGUCGAGCCGGAAAAAGUUCCCUUGCAGAUGCCACAAGAAUCACCACAUGAGACCAAUGAUGCUACCAACAGCUUAGCACCAAGAACUGCAGAAAUUAGAGAAUUUCAACUCCCUCUUCAAGGAUCCUUGUUGAAUUCCACGGAGAUGUCUGACAGCUCAGCCGAUAACCACAAUACCACUAGUGGUAUUUCUGAACUUAAUAACAACUCCUCAGACGAUCUGUCACCACCUGAAGAUGAGCAGUUUGGCUUCAGUGUCAGGCCAGGAGAGGUUCCCUUGCAGGGUGCAGAUCAUGUUUUAUUUGAAUCUGAUCGAGCGUUUCCGAGGAAUGUGCAGUCUGCAUCUGCCAGCUUUGAGGGUCUGGGCACUAUUGAUGUGGAGAGGUUUAAGAAUAAGUUCCUUGUUGGAAUGAGGAUUCCACCUGCCCAAACGCCACGCUGGGUCAGGAUUUUUUUAAAGAGAGCUGAUGGUGGAGAGUUAGGGGAAACAAAGAUUAGGUAUUACGAUGAGGACGUAGAGGCUCUCAAACGGGUGAUUAUGAACCCCAAGCUACAGGCGCAGGUUUUUCGAUAUCAAGCUGAAACUUUGGAUAAUCAUAACACUGCGACAUUCAGUGGCGAUGAAGCACAAAAUUCUGGAAUUUGUGGUUCCACACAGCCAGUUCAGACGCUAUGCGCCUUAGUAUACGCUGCAGCAGAAAUUGGUGGUCAACAAUUCAUUGAAAUGAUAUUCAAAUCGUCUGCCGGAAGAAUAGUUUAUGACUUUUACAAAGAGAGGCCACCUUUUCCUGAAGCUAUUGCCAGAGAGUAUGGGUAUGAGAAGACGGCAAUUUAUUUUGAGGAGAUAACUAAAAGAUUUUCUGCAGAGGCCAGCGAAGCCCAAAACUACCCUCAGACAAUCGACUGGUCUGAGCUUGUGAGAGCUGCGGAGGAAGCACAAAAGGAGUCUGGACUUAGCACCGAAGAAGAAAGUAGUGAUGCUGUAAAGAACGCUGGUUAUUUGGGAGACAUCGACACUUCGUCUGACAAAUCUUGUGAGAACGUAAGCUCCGAGUUUGGAGAUAACAUUCCUCUGGCGACUUCUAAAGGAGAGGAUGGCAAUGGAAGCCUAACGACAGAAGCCAUGAUAGCUUCCACGAGCAUCGCCUCACUUGUUGCCCUGAAAGCCAUUGAGAUAUGCAGCGAAUUUUUGAAUUUGCCGAAUAACACCGAUCAAAACAGCAAAGAGCAAUUUGAUUCAGUACUGCUACAAUUUAACAGCUUCAUCUAUACAGUUCUUUUCAGCGCCAAUCGUCAGAUCUCAGACUACAAAAGUGCGCAAGGAUACGGCAGGGAACUGCAUGUCUUAUACAACAUGUUUGCAAUUGUACAUUAUAAACUUGGUAAAAACCUAAAAGCGAAGGAGUAUGUUGAAAGGGCCCUUGCCAUAACAACCGAAAUUGGCGACAGAAGCAGACAAGCAUCCUGUUACAUAAACUUAGGGGCGUUGCUUCAGUCGCUUAGGAAAUGCCACAAGGCAGAAGAGUAUCUCCAGAAAGCGCUUCUCAUCGCAACUGAAAUUGGCAACAGAAAUGGAGAAGCAUUAUGCUUUGGACACCUAGGUACUGUGUUACAGUCGCUCGGAUCUGAAUUUGGCGACAGAGAAGGAGAGGCAACUGACUACGGAAACCUAGGCUUUGUAUUUCACUCUCUCGGGGAAUGCGACAAGGAUAAAGAGUACCUCCAAAAGGCACUUGUCAUCGGAGCUGAAAUUGGUGACAGAGAAGGAGAGGCAACUGACUACGAAAACCUAGGCACUGUAUUUCACUCUGUCGAGGAAUUCGAGAAGGCUAAAGAGUACCUCCGAAAAGCCCUCGCCAUCAAAUCUGCAAUUGGCCACAGAAAAGGAGAAGCAUCAUGUUAUGGAAACCUAGGAACUGUAUUUCAAUCUCUCGGGCAAUACCGCAAGGCUAUAGAGUAUCUCCAAAAAGCGCUUGUUAUCAGAACUGAAAUUGGCGACAGAGAAGGAGAGGCAACUGACUACGGAAACCUAGGUACUGUGUUUCAGUCUAUCGGACAAUUCGACAAGGCUAAAGAGUAUCUCCAAAAAGCGCUUGCCAUAAAAUCUGACAUUGGCGACAAAAAAGGAGAAGCAUCAUGUUAUGGAAACCUAGGAACUGUGUUUCAAUCUCUCGGACAAUACGAGAAUGCAAGGGAGUAUCUCCAAAAGGCGCUUGUCAUCAGAACUGAAAUUGGCGACAGAGAAGGAGAGGCAACUGACUACGGAAACCUCGGCACUGUAUUUCACUCUCUCGGGGAAUUCGACAAGGCUAAAGAGUACCUCCAAAAAGCCCUUGCCAUCAAAUCUGAAAGUGGCGACAAAAAAGGGGAAGCAUUAUGUUAUGGAAACCUAGGAACUCUGUUUCAAUCUCUCGGGCAAUACGAAAAUGCUAAAAAGUAUCUCCAAAAGGCGCUUGUAAUCAGAGUUGAAAUUGGCGACAGAGGAGGAGAGGCAACUGACUACGGAAACCUAAGUACUGUGUUUGAGUCUAUCGGACAAUUCGACAAGGCUAAAGAAUAUCUCCAAAAAGCGCUUACCAUCAAAUCUGACAUUGGUGACAAAAAAGGAGAGGCGUCAUGUUAUGGAAACCUAGGAACUCUGUUUCAAUCUCUCGGACAAUACGAGAAUGCAAGGGAGUAUCUCCAAAAGGCACUUGUCAUCAGAGCUGAAAUUGGCGACAGAGAAGGAGAGGCAACUGACUACGGAAACCUCGGCACUGUAUUUCACUCUCUCGGGGAAUUCGACAAGGCUAAAGAGUACCUCCGAAAAGCCCUUGCCAUCAAAUCUGAAAUUGGCGACAGAAAAGGAGAAGCAACUGACUACGGAAACCUCGGCACUGUAUUUCACUCUCUCGGGGAAUUCGACAAGGCUAAAGAGUACCUCCAAAAAGCCCUUACCAUCAAAUCUGAAAUUGGCCACAGAAAAGGAGAAGCAACUGACUACGGAAACCUAGGUACUGUAUUUCACUCCCUCGGGAAAUUUGACAAGGCUAAAGAGUAUCUCCAAAAAGCGCUUGUCAUCAGAACUGAAAUUGGCGACAAAAAAGGGGAAGCGUUAUGUUAUGGAAACCUAGGAACUCUGUUUCAAUCUCUCGGGCAAUACGAAAAUGCUAAAGAGUAUGUCCAAAAGGCGCUCGUCAUCAGAACUGAAAUUGGCGACAGAGAAGGAGAGGCAACUGACUACGGAAACCUAGGUACUGUGUUGCAGUCUAUCGGACAAUACGACAAGGCUAAAGAGUAUCUCGAAAAGGCGCUUGCCAUCAGGUCUGAAAUUGGCGACAAAAAAGGGGAAGCAUUGUGUUAUGGAAACCUAGGAAUUCUGUUUCAAUCUCUCGGGCAAUACGACAAUGCUAAAGAGUAUCUCCAAAAGGCGAUUGUCAUCCGAACUGAAAUUGGCGACAGACAAGGAGAGGCAACUGACUACGGAAACCUAGGUACUGUGUUUCAGUCGAUCGGACAAUUCGACAAGGCUAAAGAAUAUCUCCAAAAAGCGCUUGCCAUCAAAUCUGACAUAGGCGACAAAAAAGGAGAGGCAACUGACUACGGAAACCUAGGCACUGUGUUUCAGUCUAUCGGACAAUUCGACAUGGCUAAAGAGUAUCUCCAAAAAGCGCUCGCCAUCAAAUCUGACAUUGGCGACAGAAAAGGAGAAGCAUCAUGUUAUGAAAACCUGGGAAGUGUGUGUCAGUCUAUCGGACAAUACGACAAGGCUAUAGAGCAUCUCCAAAAAGUGCUUGUCAUCAGAACUGAAAUUGGCGACAGAAAAGGAGAAGCAUCAUGUUAUGGAAACCUUGGAACUGUGUUUCAGUCGCUUGGGCAAUACGGCAAGGCUAAAGAGUAUCUCCAAAAAGCGCUUGUCAUCAGAACUGAAAUUGGUGAUAAGGAAGGGGAGGCAGCAGAUCUUGCAAACCUUGGGGUUGUGUUUAGAAUUGUUGCAGAUUAUGAAACCUCGGAAGUAUACUUGGAGAAAGCUUUAUCCAUAUCUAGAGGUAUUGGAGACAGAAGAAAAGAGUUCCAAAUCCUUCAAGAGUUAGCCAUUUUGUAUUCAUUUCAAAAUAAAAUCAAAGACUCCCUUUCUUGUCUUCAUCUGUGCAUUGAAAAGCAUGAGGAGCUGAGACACUUCUUGGGCGCCAAUGACCAGUUUGAAAAAUUAUUUCUUGAGGACUCAGGAAAAUUUAUCAAGAAACUGCUUUUUAAUUUGCUUUGUGCUAUCGGAAAUACUCGGGAUGCUCUUUAUGUUGAGGAGUUGGGUCGAGCUAGAGGCCUAUCAGACUUGAUGACAGAGGAAUACUCGGUUGAAACUCACAUCUCUGUUAAUUCACUAUCUUUGUUUGGCAUUGAGGACAUUUUUGGAAAGAAAAAUAACUGUGCUUGUCUGUACAUUUCUUAUUUUCACAAUGAUCUGCAUUUCUGGAUCUUGAAAAAAAGUGGAGUCCAUUAUAAAAGAAUAUCAUCAGAAGAGAAUCUUGUUCAGGCUUUAAGUAUGUUUGAAUUGCAACCUCUCUUUCCCGAACGAAAUAGCUCAGCAAGAUUGCGACUCGUGGAAGAUGACGAGGACGAGGAAGUGAUUUCAAGUCUAUCUUUGUGUUACAAAAUGUUUGUUGCCCCCGUUUAUGAUUUGCUUGAGGAACCUGAAGUCAUUAUUGUUCCUGGCCGCAGUUUGCACAAAGUUCCCUUUGCUGCCCUGAGGGAAAAGGAGGGAGCCGAAUACCUCUCAGAGACUCAUAGGAUCCGUGUCAUUCCUUCUUUGACGGCACUCAAGAUCAUUCAAGAUAGUCCAGAGGGGUAUCACAACAACACUGGUGCCUUGAUAGUAGGCAAUCCCAAGGUUGAUUGGCUGCCGCCCUUGCCAGGUGCAAGAAGGGAAGCGGAGAUGGUCGGACGACUGGUGGGUGUCAUGCCUCUGGUAGAAGAGGAAGCAACGAAGCAGGCAGUACUUGAGCGGAUAAGUUCAGUGAGCCUGGUACAUUUUGCUGCCCAUAAUAACGCCGAAAGUGGAGAAAUUGCCCUGUCCCCGAUUCCUACUUCCAAAAGUCGAAACGCUAUCCCACCACAGGAAGCUUACAUGUUGACGAUGGCUGACGUCUCACGAGUGAAAGUCAGAGCUAAACUGGUGGUACUUAGCUGCUCUCACAGUGGAAGUGGACAAAUAAGAGCCGAGGGAGUUACUGGAAUUGCCCGUGCGUUCUUGGGAUGCGGUGCUCGCUCUGUGUUGGUUCGGCUGUGGGCCAUUUCAGACUCAGCAACGGAGCAGCUGAUGAGUCGGUUCUACGAACACCUUGUUGAAGGAGAAAGUGCCAGUGAAUCCCUUCAUCUAGCCAUGAAGUGGAUGAGAAAAAACGGCUUUACCAAGGUUUCGGAGUGGGCUCCGUUUACGCUGAUUGGAGAUGAUGUGAGGCUCGAGUUUGACAAGGGGAGGAAAAAAGACCCCAACAGAGUAAAUAACGAGAAUCACUCGAAGGAAACCGAGCUAAUAGACAUUUAG